AUGGCUGCUCCAGGCGCUGCUAAUACAAGACUAAAUAUCUAUACUGCUACACCAACACAAAUUAGCAUGCCGAGUCCAGAUUUUGGUUUGUCCCCUACAUUUGAUAUGGCUAGUACCAGUUGCGGAGAUUCUUCGUCUGAUGCACACUCGCCGGAUUUACCGAAGGCUAAAGCGAGUGAUAGAGAAUGCCGUAUUAUCGCAGAAAAACACCGUAGAAGUCAAUUUAAUUCAGAAAUUGCACAAAUGAUGACCCUUCUUUCUGAUAUUGUGCACUCCCAGAGAAAGGUCGACAAAACUAGUGUUCUAAGAUUAGCCGCUAACAAACUUCGCAACGAACAUGUAUUUGGUGAUACUAUAAAAUGUUGUCAUUUAGAAACUUGGUCAAAUGCAAUCAUGAAAUUUUUUGACAUUAUUGGAGGAUUUAUGAUCGCAGUGACAUGUCGAGGUCGCAUUUUUAACGUGUCGCCAAAUGUUCAAGAAAAAUUAGGUUAUUGUCAUGUUGAUCUGCUUGGUCAAGAUAUUUAUAAUUAUGUUCACAAUGAAGAUAAAGAAAUUUUACGAAAACAUAUUUAUCCAACUGAAUUACAGACUGGCUGUGAUUCAAAAAUGUUUGAGCAACACCAUAAUUUCUGUGUAAGACUUCUGCGUGCUGGUGCAAGAGCAGAUCCACCGAAAUAUGAACGCUGUCGUAUUGAUGGUAUGCUACGCAAGUCAGAUAAAGCUACGUCUAAUGGAGUUGAAGAUGAAAAAACAAUAAGAAGGCAAAGAGUCCGACAUCAGAGAACAUUCUCAUCAAGUGGAAAUGAUUUUGUUUUUAUUGGUAUGGUUCAUCCUAUAACGAACCCAUUGCCAGUAAAGAUAUUACCACCAACAGCUUAUUCAGAGUACUGGACCAGGCACCUUGUUGAUGGCAGAAUUGUCCAAUGUGAUCAAAGCAUUUCACUAGCAGCUGGAUAUAUGACGGAAGAAGUUACAGGAACCUCUGCUUUUGUAUUUAUGCAUAAAGAAGAUGUUCGCUGGGUUAUUUGUGUGUUGCGUCAAAUGUAUGAUGAAAGCAAGGAAUUUGGUGAGUCUUACUAUAGAUUAAUGUCUAGGUCAGGUCAUUUCAUCUACAUGCGAACACGAGGUUUCCUUGAAAUAGACAAAGCUACUAAAAAAGUUCAAAGCUUUGUAUGUGUAAAUAGUGUUAUAGGAGAAGAAUAUGGUCGUAAAAUGAUGGAAGAGAUGAAACGAAAAUAUUCAGUAAUGGUAGAUGUUGAUAGUAACCAAAGUGACAGGGCAAUCACACAAGAUGAAGCUCCAGUAGAGCAUCCUAAACAUUUAGAGCAAAUUGUUAUGCAUUUGGUUGAACCGGCUGCUAGUGAUAAUUUUGAUGAGUUAAAAUUGGUAGCACCUUCUAAAGAGAACAUUAUUUCUGCUAUUAAAAAUAGUGAAAGGGUUGUUCAUGAAACUGGUGUUAGGUUUGAUACAAGGAAAAGAAAAAAUUCUGAUUGUGAAGAUAGCAAAGAACACUUAAAAAAGCAAAUUUGCUAA